CAGUAAACCUUGCGAAUUGAGUGGAAGAAGGUCACCGAAUUGGGUUCUACGUUCCGUCGGUAAAAUCACCCAUCGCGGCUGAAGUGGUGGUUGGUAGUUGUGCGAAAUCAUUGCGUACGCGCGGUAUGCUUAUGCCUCCCCCGCUUGUGAUGAUGUUUGAGACUGGCUGCGUGCUUUGUUGUGAAUUCUGAACAGGUAGUGCUCCCACCUGCAAAGCAUUUCCCAGUUGGAAAAUCCCGUCCCAGGUCUAGAUCUUGCGCUCAUUGUUACCGGAAUCCAGAACACCUUGUGAGAACAAAAUAAACAAAACAGUGGUUUAAUGAAAAUUAAGUGUGCUUUAGGCGGGAGAAAAGUGCGUUCAAGGAGUGCAGUGUUUGUGGAACGAUACCAUUCCAGUGAAGUGGAUUGCAAGCAUUAGACAGCAGCGACUAAAAUGCGUUACGCGUGGAUCGUGGCGGCAAGUGCAUUGCUAGCGUUUGCCAAUUUCGUCAAGGCGCAGGAAACGGCCAGAAACCUGUACAGCUCCAGAUAUGACAACCUGGACAUCGAUACGAUACUUUCGAGUAAUCGACUCGUGAACAACUAUGUAGAUUGUCUGCUCAGCCGAAAGCCCUGCCCGCCAGAGGGAAAGGAUUUGAAACGAAUCCUCCCGGAAGCGUUGCGAACCAAGUGCGGCCGCUGUUCUGCGACGCAGAAAGAAAACGCAUUGAAAAUCAUAACAACACUGUAUAACAACUACCCGGCUCAAUAUCAAGCGCUUCGUGAGCGCUGGGACCCAUCGGGCGAGUAUCAUCGCCGCUUUGAAGAGUACCUCCGGGGAUUGCAGUUCAAUCAGAUUAGUAGCAACAAUGGCAAUAGUGCUAGUGGUGCCUCUAACGAUCGUCCGGUAAGAAACGAUAUCGACCGGGAUCAGUCCCAGAUACAGCUGCAGACGCUACCCUCGGUAGGUGUGCUAACAAACCGUUUUGGAGACGUCGACAAUGUGCAAUCGACAAGCAGACCAACGAGCCCCCCAACGACGACCCCUCGUCCAACUACUGCACCGCCUCCAACUGUGCGACCGACCACAAGGCCAGCGGUCAGGCAGACUACUUCCCGUAUUAUCACACCCAGGACGACGACAUCCAGAUUGAUGGUAACGGAACCACCCGUAGCUGCUGUACCGCUUCAGCCCCAAUCGGUGCCGGUCAACAGAGUUGAAGUAGUAGCACAACCGCCCCAAACUCAAGCCCCGAGCACCAGUGUGAUCACCACACCGAAUAAUGUUAUCGAUCACUUUUUUAUUCCACCCGGCCAACAGAACGGAUCCGUUGGUAACCCGAACCAGAGCCCAAUCGUGGGUCUGUUCAACCAGAUUGGUACCAAGCUGGCCACCACAGCGGAUGCCCUGGCUGGGAUGCUGCGGAAAACCGUGGAUGUCAUCGUGAGCUCACAUCUUCAAGCCCAUCAACGGGCAUCGAGGAGCUUUUGAGGAGCAGUCAUUGCGAGCUGUAGUGUGCGCUUCCCAGUGCCAGUGGAGGGAAUUCUUGCCGUUUUAGGCAUUCUGCAACGGGCAUCAAAGCGUCCGUCGGAAGGUGAUCGCAAAUUAUUAUCAAAUUAGAAAGGUAAGAUGAUUUUGAGGAGAUGAAACGUAUUUGAUACUCCUCAGCACAAUAGCAUAGCUGAGAAAUUUAAAUUUUGGUCGAGACUGUUUUUGAAGUGAUAUUGUGAAGAAGCUGGAGGGGAUAUAUAGUUAAUAGCUUUUUUGCUUUUUUGAUAAAAAAUCUACAGAUAAAUUUGAAUUGAAAAUGUUGGUAAGAUAAGCUCAAAGCUACAACAAUAAAGAAUGGUUGUCGAUGGACUGAAAUUGCUCAGUAUAAAUUAUGUUUUUAUAAUACGAAUAAAAAUAGUAUUUUUAA